AUGCUUGAAAGUUUUUCAAUUUUCAAUUUCAGAUACAAUAUUUCUAACGAACAUAUAUCAUCAUCAAAUCUCAAGUAUACUAUUGAACAACAUCAUGAUAUAUCAAAUAUUCUUGAUAUAAUUAAAAAUAAUGAUGAUUCUAAAUUUCAAACAUAUAUUAUAUGGUUAUCAGGUGCUAUUGCAUGUAUAGAAAAAGAAAAUUUAAUUAUACUUACAAUUCGUAAUCAUAAUGGUGAUUUACUAGCAACAUCAUGUAUUCAAAUAUUUGAUAUUGAUUUCAGUAAACAUCAUAAAUCAAAUAAAAUUCAAAUAUUUUUUCGAUGGUUAGAAUGGUUUCAUAUUGUUCCUAGUUUUUGGCGUAUCCAAAUCGGUAUAAUAUGGAUUCCACCAUUUUAUCAAUUUUCUGGCAUAUAUUAUCACGUACAUGUAAAUGAAAAUGAAUCAAAUGAAAUAAUUGAUACUAUUCAAAAAUAUAUAUUCCAAUUACAUCCUAAUGUACCAAUCAUCUUAAACAUUAAGGAACCAAGUGAUAAAAGUAAAAAUAUAAUUAUAAAUAAUGAUCGUGAAUUUCUAUUACCAUGGUUUAGGACAAUAAAAGCCAUAUUUCCAUCUAAUAUUGAUUCAUUAGAUACAUAUAUCAAUUUGCUAUGUAGACAUGCAAGAAAAAGAAAUCUUCGAAUAUAUAAAAAACAAUUUGAAGAAGGUGGUGGUAAAAUACGUUAUUUAUAUCCAUCAUCCAAAGUAGAUUUUGAUGAAAUUCAAAUGCGUAUGAAAGAAUUAACACAAUUAAAAUUAGAAACAGAUGCAAGAUAUCCAUUAAACAAAUACACUGGUUCUGAUAAAUUCAGUAAUGAAUGGAUGUCUUCAAUGAUGUUAAUAAAUAAAUUAUUAAAUAAUAAUCAAAUUAUAUUUAUAUUUGCUGAAGAAAAUUGGAAUGAAAAUUUACUUGGUUUCGCAUUACUGUUUAUACAUUCGUCUAUAAAUCAAAUUAUAUUUAAAACAAUCGGUCUUCAUGAUAAUGUUCAUACAAGACAAUUAAGAGUUUAUCAAAAUUUAUUCUUAGCAACAAUUGAUUGGUCAUUACGCAAUGGUCAUAAUGUAAUAGAUUUCGGUGCAGGACAUGAAAAAACAAAAGCUCUUUUACUUGAAAAACAAAUUCGUUCAUGUGAUGAUGAACAUACACAUGCUAGCAUUAAAGGAAUAUUAAAAUCAGGAAAUCCAUUUUAUAAAUUUAUUAUAAAUCAUAUUUCAAAUCCUGCAAAACAACAGAACAAAUGA